AGUUCUUGUUCUGAAACACAGAUGCACUCGAUGAUAGUUUCAUAUGAUAACUUGCUCCAAGAAGUAUUUGUUUAGAGUCAGGGCUUGCUUAUGCCACAAAGUGUGAACGAAGCCUUUCUGCUUAUUGCCUGAAAUUAAUUGGAGAUCAUUUCCGGCUUGGGAAGCACCUGGUUGGUUUGAAGUGACAUCGAGAAGAUCUUCUAACGACAAGAAAAGGGCUGAGAGGAAAGUCAGAGCAGAUUAUUCAACCUCAAACAAGACUUUCAAACCAAGUGACCAUGGUGUUAUGGCUGGGACUUUUUCUUCCUCUUGUAGGGGUUGUGGCGCUUGCAAUAUUUCUUAUCUGGGCUGUUGUUGUGACAUUAUACUUUGCAUCUCCCCAUGUCUUGAGCCACGUCAUACACAGGUUAACAAUAUUUAGAGGAGGGUUUACCUUGAAGUAUGUGUCAGUGGGAGACUUCACAUUUAGCUACGUUGAGAGAGGGAAAAGUGAAAAGGCAGAAAAUGUCAUUCUGAUGGUUCAUGGUUUUACAGGAGAUAAAGGUAUUUGGUGUCUUACGGGAAAAGCCAUACCUAAGACAUUUCAUCUGGUAGCGGUAGAUCUUCCAGGACAUGGGUAUACUACCCGAAAACACCAUGAUGAUCAUUCUAUUCCAGCUCAAGUUGCCAAACUUCAUCAGUUUGUGUUGGCUGUUGGACUGGAUAAGAAGAAGUUUCAUUUAGUUGGUUUGUCCAUGGGCGGCUUUGUGGCUGGUGUGUUUGCAUCACAGUACUCAUCUUUGCUAUCAUCCUUGGUCCUUAUGUGUCCUGCAGGCAUAAAUGCACCAAAAAUGAGUGAUUUCAUCAAUAACAUUGCCAAUGGUGGAAAGAACUAUUUGCUGCCUGACAAUCCUCAGGAUUUUCAGUACAUGAUAAAGAAAGUGUCUCAUCGGAAAAUUUUCAUUCCUUUCUUCAUUGCCAAAAUCAUGAGUGCAGCUAGGAGCCAAUCAAAUUCUUUCUAUGAAAAAGUUUUGACUGAAAUAGUUCGGCCUGACCAAAGAUAUCUUCUACAGGAUGUUCUGGAGAACAUUGAUGUUCCGACCCUUACGUUGUGGGGCAGUAAUGACCUGAUCCUUGAUGUGUCUGCAGUGGAUAUCAUCAGAGAAAAAGUAAAGAACUGUCAGGUUGAGAUAAUGAGCAGUUGUGGUCAUGCCAUUACUUUGGAAAGACCAUGGAAAUCAGCGAAAUUGAUUUUGAAGUUUAUCAAUUCACUUCCUAAAACUGAAAGGUGAAAUAGGAGGAAAAGAUUGAGGUUCUGGUCAGUCGGAUAGUGUUUGAAUAGAGAGAAAUGGAACAACCUCGGCAGAAGAAAAUGGGAAGCAGACGAAUUUUCAAAAUGUCUUAACAUAUCGGAUUAUCGCGUUGCUCUGUAGAAAUAGAGUUUCUAUGUAAUUAUUUCAAUCCUAAAUGUGUAGAAGGUAUUUUUAGUUUUGAAUAAUCCUAUGGUGAAAGUAAUGAAUUAAGUGUUGAACUUUUCUUCGAUGGGCUAAUUUAAAGAUUGUAAAUUACCACCUAACUUAGCCCCACGAUUGCUUGGUAAUUUAGACCGAGAAGAAUAAAAUAUUUAUUAGACGAAUUUAA